AUGACUCCUCUGCAGAUACAUGGAUUCAUCCAAAUUUGGAGCGAGAAGACUGGGAUGACUGAGUUGAAAGAAGCACUCAUUGAAACAGUGGAAGGAGAAAAGGAUAUUAAACUGGUGGUGACUUUCAAAUCUAGGGAAGUCAUAAGGGUUUUUCAGUUGAGUAAUAAUAUUAGAAGUGUGGUCGUUAGACAUUAUGAAGAAAAUCAAAGCUGCCUGCAUUUAACUUUGCAAAACAACAUCUCCUUGCUUAUUGACAAAUUAUCCUUCCAUGAUGCCGAACAGCUGCAGAUGUUCCUGGACUUGGUCCAUCAAAACAAAUUUCAACAAUCCAUGAAACGCGAUAAUGAUUGGGGUGUCUUUGAAAGCAGGAAUACACAGAAAGGAAUUGACAAAACUUUAUUUUACAAAAUGUGUUACGAGCCAAGUUAUAGAUCCUUUCAUACUGAAAAGGGAAGUGGAAUGCCUUUCCCUCAGAAAAUGCCUUUGUUAAUGCCAAAAUCACCGACACUUGUCAACAAAGCAUUCUUAGAAAAUCGAGGUGAAAAGAGGAAAAAAACGCUAUCAUCUGGUCUAGAGAUGAAUGAGGACUUUCUGAAAGAAAAUGACCUUACACUAAACAAGAAAUUGAAGAUGGAUUCUUCCAAGUGUGUAACAAGCAAUAGGAAGGAACCAUCCAGUUUGAAAGCUUUAGAAAAAGAUAGAAAUUUGAAACUUGGAUCUUCAUUCAAGCCCAACUCUAAUAGAAAUCCCAAUGUAGAGAUGACUGUUCUUUCAACCCAGACUUUCUCUGCCAAAACAGGUUGGGCACUUCCAUUGGAAAAAGAGCACAGCCAGGAUGCCUUGAGAUCGAAUAACACCCAGGAGAAACUAUGGAAAGGUUUCCCCAAUUUGGGAAACACCUGUUACAUGAAUGCAAUUUUACAAUCACUAUUUGCGGUUCCAUCAUUUGCUGAUGACUUACUCAUGCAAGGUCUCCCAUGGGAGAAAAUUCCCUCUGAUAGUGUUAUUAUGUCCCUGAGCAUGCUGUUUGCUUUGAAAAAUAUUUGUGAUAGACAGACGCAGGAAGAGUUACUUGUAAAUGUUAAAAAUGCCAUUUCAGCAGUUGCAGAGGUGUUCUCUGGCAACAUGCAGAAUGAUGCUCAUGAGUUUUUAGGUCAGUGUUUAGACCAGCUGAAAGAGGACAUUAAAAAAUUAAAUUCUGUUUUGAAGACUGAGAGGGAAACUGGGGAUGAAAAUUCAUCUCCACGGAUGUAUGCUGGUAAUGCUCUCACCAAACUGUUUGUUUGUCCUGUGGUUGCUAAUUUUGAGUUUGAAUUGCAGCUCUCCAUUAUUUGCAAAGCCUGUGGGCAUGCUGUUCUCAAGACAGAACCGAACAAUUAUCUCUCCAUUAACCUGCACCAAGAAGAAAAAACACUUCCUUUGUCUAUUCAAAAUUCUUUCGAUCUUUUCUUUAAAGCAGAAGAACUUGAGUAUAAAUGUGAGAUGUGUAAUCACAAUAGUUCUGUUGCAAUGCACAAAUUUAGUAGGCUCCCCAGGGUCCUAAUUGUUCAUCUGAAACGCUAUAGGUUUAAUGAUGCUUGGUUGCUGGUGAAGAAUGAGCAGCAAAUUUAUAUUCCCAAAUAUUUAAGCUUAUCUUCUCAUUGCAAUGAAAGCACCAAAUCACCUCCUCCCUUGAGCAGCAUUAACGUGCCUGUUGGGGACUGCAAGGCCCUGAAAACCUCUCAGGAGUUAAUUCCUGAGAGCAUCAGCCCAUCAACACUAUUGGCGAAGUCAACCUCAGAAUCAAGUGAUUCUCUAGUUCUACACGUUGCACCAGACAAGAACGCUGACCUACAAAGAUUCCAGAGAAACUGUGAAGAAGUAAAUCAAGAACAUUAUCAGAGAGACCUGGAAAAUGGCUCUAAGCCACAGUCAAAAUUGGUAAACUCUGAAGAUAAAAUGGUCAGUGAAAAGGAGUUGCCAGUGGCUGACUCAAUGGUGGACCAGGGAGACAACUGUCUCCCCACGAUCUGUGAAGACGUAGGCAAGCCUGUCGGCAGCCCAGACACAGAUCUUACAGAGAUCCAUCUGCAAGAGGUGCCUAAAAAUCCAGAACUUAAGAAAUAUGAGGAAACCAAUACAUCUGUAGAGUUAGAUUUUGACACUGUCACUGAGUCUACCAGUGGCUUUUAUGAGCAUAAAGGAAACAGGAUCCCAGAAGGAUCUCAAGGAAUAGCUGAAGAGCUCCAGCAGUGUACUGAGAAGAGAAUCAAAGAGAAGUCCCUUCAGCAGGCAUCACCUCCACCUCCUGGGCAUCCUACUAGGAAGCCGGACACCCAGGAACAUGCAGACGAGGCCCUCGGUAGAUCUACAGAUUUAAGACUUCAGAAGGCUAACAUAAAUUCCCUUCGUGCAUUGGAUUCUGAUAAGAGCCUGGGAAACAAAGCCAUUUUGGAGAUGGAGAACACAGAAGAUGAAGCCAAGGAACCAAAAAGAAAUGUGAAGAUGAGAGGUCCUCUUCAGGUCUACAGGCUCAUCAGUGUCGUCAGCCAUAUCGGGAACUCUAGAGAUGCAGGGCAUUACAUCAGCGAUGCUUAUGACUUUCACCAGCAGUCCUGGUUCACAUAUGAUGAUCUACGAGUUUCAGAAAUCCCAGAGACUCUGAUUCAGGAUGCAAGGCUUCACUCGGGGUACAUCUUCUUUUACAUGCACAAUGAGGUUUUUGAGACAUUUGAAAAAGGCAGAAAAUUCUCAACUACUUAG